ACUACAAAGCUGCCAAACGGAUGUCUUUUUUUUUCCCCCUGGCAAGCCGAGCGUUAUCACCUCCUUCGCACCGUGGUACGGUGAUAUUAUGAUAAGAGCGUUGCUUAUUGAAGUCUAAAUAAUAAUUCUUUGCUUAGUUGUUAGCUACUUUUAUAAAUAUUCACUGGGUUACCCACUGUCUGCUCAACUCGAAGCCGAAUCAAUAUAACGUUAUUCCUCUGCGUUUCAGCCAGUUUUUCGAAAAACGUGAACAGAAUACAGCACGGAGUACCACUGGUCAAAAAGUUUCGUUUGACCUCGAGCCUUGGUCGGGGACAAUAUUCUACUGAUAUUUUUCUCCAAAAGAGUAAAUUGAAAAUAUUGACUCAAGAUGAGUGAUGAUUACCGUGAUAUUGAUCUGGACACUGCAGAAAAACGUGCACAUCAUAACGCUUUGGAGCGCAAAAGACGUGACCAUAUCAAAGAUAGCUUUUCAAGCCUUAGGGAUUCAGUUCCAUCACUACAAGGUGAAAAAGUUGCUAGCCGUGCACAGAUAUUAAAAAAGUCAGCCGAUUACAUACAAUAUAUGAGACGCAAAAAUGUUUGCCAUCAACAAGACAUCGAUGAUCUCAAGAGGCAGAAUAAUAUUUUGGAAUCACAGAUUAAAACCUUAGAGAGAGCUAAGGCUUCUGGAAAUUAUGGUAUGGAGUCUAGUGAAUUACCAUUAGACGGAACAGGACUAGACAAUUCUGAUGCAUCAGGCGAAGAAGUUCACAAAUCCAAAAGACUAAAAAUUUAAAAAUCUAGUUAUUAAAUUUUAAUUUCUACUAAUGUCUAAUUUUUACUUAUUUAUAAAUUUAUAAUAUAUGAG